AUGGAUGGAACCCACCUCGCGCCAUCUCUAUCAGCGUUCCGACUCCCCAUCGACGGCGUAGAGUUGGCGUUGUGGUCUCUUGCGGCAGCACUCAUCGUCCUGCUUGUUUUCGUAUUCGUCAACAGAAGAGGACGGUCUACGAGAGGCAGUGCCCUGUUGCUGGUGGGAUGCCAAGAUGCGGGAAAGACAGCCAUCUUGUCCACUUUGGUCUACAAACAGACGCUGCCCACCCAUGCCUCGCUUCAAACCAACCAGUCUAUAGUGAGCCUGUCUCCACAAGGGAAAAGCAUACGCGCUCUCGACGUUCCCGGACACCCUCGCGUCAGAGAUCAAUACAAGGAUUUCUUGCCAGACGCAGGGGCGAUUGCCUUCGUCAUCGACGUUAGCACCAUCUCGCGAAACGGAGCAGCUGUCGCCGAACACCUUCACAAUGUCCUUCACGCCUUGACUUCAUUGCCUCCUUCUCAAACUCCCCCGGCGCUCCUCAUCGUGGCUCACAAAACAGACCUUCUCCAAAGUUCGGCCACACCUUCUUCUUCUCCAGGCGCGUUUGCUAUCACCAGAGUCAAAACUAUCCUAGAACGAGAGCUUGAGAAGCGUCGGUCUUCUCAAUCUAAUGGGGUGGGGAUAGAGAAUCUCGGCGAAGACGGUGAGACAUCAGACAUAGGCGGCUUGGAGUGUGCUGGCAACGGUCCGUUCAGAUUUGACGACUGGGAAGGGGGCGAUGUGUCUUUCAUUGCUACCUCAUGCAAGGUUACGAAACGUAACGAAACCUCAGAAAAGACGCUAGAUGAAAACGAGGGCCUGACUCCCCUCUUGGAAUGGUUAGAGGACACUUUCUGA